GGCGGGAGCGGAGCGGGUGGCCGCGGGCGGGGCUCCUCUCCGGCGGGUGCCGGAGUCUGGGGGCCUCGGCUUCCCCCUCCCCGCCCGCCGAGGCACUGGCCCCUCCUACCCCCGCCGCCCCCGUACCCGCCGCUGCUGCCGCUGUCAAAGAUAAACCGGGCCAUUGCUUGCAGGAGCCCUGGCAGCAGGCGAUCGGGCGGUGAGGAGCCUCGGGCGCGGCCUCGCCUCCCCGGCCCGGCUCCCGCAUCAGCACGGUGAACAGCACAGACCCUCUCUCCCGGACCCUGCUGCCCGCAGCAGCUCGUCUCGGGCUUCGGCGAUCUCAUCAGCACCGCGGACAGCACCCAGGCCCUUGCGGGCCUCGGCCAGCCCACCAGCUCUCCGAGUCAGCACCGCGGACAGCCCCCCUGGGCCAGUCCUGAAGAUGGCCACUGAGGUUCACAAUCUUCAGGAGCUCCGGCGAAGCGCAUCACUGGCCACUAAGGUCUUUAUCCAGAGAGACUACAGUGAUGGCACCAUCUGUCAGUUCCAGACCAAAUUCCCCCCAGAGCUGGAUAGCCGGAUUGAGCGGCAGCUCUUUGAAGAGACCGUGAAGACCCUUAAUGGUUUUUAUGCAGAGGCUGAGAAGAUCGGGGGCAGCUCCUACCUGGAGGGCUGCCUGGCCUGUGCCACAGCCUACUUCAUCUUCCUCUGCAUGGAGACCCACUAUGAGAAGGUUCUCAAGAAGAUUUCCCGUUAUAUCCAGGAGCAGAAUGAGAAGGUCUUUGCUCCUCGAGGACUCCUGCUCACAGAUCCUGUGGAACGGGGGAUGAGGGUUAUCGAGAUCUCCAUCUAUGAGGACCGGUGCAGCAGCAGCAGUUCGAGUAGUGGCAGCAGCAGCGGCAGCGGCAGCAGCAGUGCUGGCGGGGGUGGGGCGGGAGCCCGGUGACUGGCCGAGAGUCCCUGCACGGAGGUGUAUGGCCGGAGCGAGGGGCUGGCAGAUCUGCGGAGGCUGCGUUACCAGAGCACCCGCUUCUGAGUCUUUCUCUGGGCCCACCCUGCCGUGUGGCGUGGGAGGGAGGGUGACUACCCGCUGUUCCGUGUUCCCCAGUCCUUUGCCUCUUGGUGGGAUCUUCCUCUUUCUGACCCUGGACCUUUCUUUCUCCCAUGGGGCUAGUCCGGGUCAUCAGAGCCAGGCUUUCCUAGGGAAGUCUGAAGGUGGGGAAAUCCCAGCUUAGAUGAACCCUCUCUUCUUUGCCUUCUUCCCCCACUCCAAGGAGGACCUGAAGAAUUCCCACCCUGCAUGAUCCUUCACCGUCAAAACCCAUGUCUACCUGGACUGUGCCCCUGGGCUCUUUCUAAGGCCCAAGGCCACCAUGAAGCUCCUGCUUGUCAAUGAUCCCACCUCCUAGUUGGAGAUCUGGGGAGAUGGGUGCCCUGGGAGCUACCCAGCUGCUCCUAAGGCUGUGGCUUUCCUGUACUUCCCUCAGAACAGAAAGUCCUCUCAGCCUUGGCAAGAAGCACCCAAGUCAGAGACUUUUCACCCCCCAGGAGCUGGUUGUGGGUGUUCAGCUUGGGACUCUGGGGGGUGGUGUUCCACUGGGAUAUGGUAAAACCCUGUGGAUGAAUGCAGCUGGACAGAGCUUGAACUCCUGAACUGGA